AUGCGCUUCCGCGGGACGCUGGCCAAGGACGCGUUGGCCGUGCUGCUUGACGUGGCGCAGUCCUUCGCGCGCCUGGGCUCCCAGAGCAGCGCCAAGGCCAACUGCGUGUUCACGCUGACCCCGGAGACGCUGUCCAUCGCGCUCAAGAGCGGCGGCGCCGAGGAGCUACAGAGCUUCGCGCGCCUGCAGACGGCGCGACUCUUCCACGACGUCGUGGUGCAGUCUCGGGCCGAGAACCACAUCGGCUUCGUGUGCGACGUGCGUCACUUCCAGCAGGCCUUGACCUCGGGCAAGGACGCCAGCGCCGUCAUGCUGCGGCUGCUCAAGCGGGACGGCAACAACUUCCUGUGCCUCAGGACGCGCGCCGUGGACAUCGACAUCGUGCAGAGCAUCCCCAUCGAGGUGCUGGCCAUGAGCACGGUGGAGCACUACAGAGAGCCCAGCGUGCCGGCCCCUCAGAUCGCAAUCGAGAUGCCGCCGCUGCGAGCGCUGCGCAGCAUCGUGGACAGACUCAAGACCAUGCACAAGACCAUGACGGUGGAGGCCAGCAAGACCGGCACGCUGAUCCUGCGCAUCGACACGCACCCGCUCACGUUGCAGACGCUGUUUGCGCACUUGAGGUAUCGAGACGAUUUGAUCGACGAAGACGAGGAGGACGAGGAGGAAGAGGAGCGACGGAGACAACAACGCUCGUCGAGCGUUACGGUAGACAGCAAAGUGCUGAGCAAGGCCAUUCUGGUGGACGGACAGUCAACGGAUUCAGUGCUGUGCUGUAUUACGGAGAACAGGGCGAUGGUGCUGCACUCGAUUCUGGUGGACUCGUUCGGAUCGUUCACGUGCUACAUCCCCGUGCUCACGCCGGACCUUUGA